GGACCACACUUCCCAUGAGGCCUUGCGCCCCGUCCUGCUUUUCCCGGGCCUGUCUCCGCGACACUACUUCGGUCCCAACUACACUUCCCAGCAACAUCGGCGGCGGGGCGGGACGGACAGGACGGGGCUGUCCAAGUCGGGGGCGCCGCCGCCGCCUCCCAGUGCCUGUCCCGUUUCUUCUUCCGCUAUGCCGCUGCUCGUGGACGGGCGGCGAGUGCGGCUGCCGCAGUCCGCCGGGGAGCUCGUUCGAGCGCACCCGUCUCUGCAGUGACAGCAAGAGACUGGGAAACAUGAGAGAUUGGACUUUGUACUACACCAGAGAACUUGCUGGUAGGAGAAUUAACCCCUACAGAGAUUAAAGUGAGUUUCAAGAUGGCCAAAGAAGAGCCCCCAAGUGUCUCAGAGGACUUACAGAACCUCCGGAGGAAGAUGUCUUUGCUGAUAAAGUCCUUUCAGAAUAACUCAAAGGUGGUUGCCUUCACAAAGUCUCCAGUGGGUCAGUACUUGGACAGGCAUCCUUUCCUCGCCCUCUCCAUGCUGGUGUUCAUGGCCUUGUCUGCUGUCCCCGUUGGGCUCUUCGGGCUCGUCGUGGUGCUCAGCUCCUUGGCUGCUCUUGUGGGAGUCCUGUUACUGGAAGGACUGGUCAUUUCCGUGGGUGGCAUUACACUGCUUUGUGUCCUCUGUGGCUUGGUCUUCAUAUCACUUGCCCUGUCAGGGGCAGUCAUCGUGUCCUAUGUGGUGGUCUCCAGCCUCAUCAACUACUGGUUUUCUUCCAGGGUGCUGUGUGUAAGCCAAAAUCCACCCCCGGCCUGUGAACCCUGCUCUGAUAGACCACCGGCAAAGCAAAACCCCACUGUCGACUGUCAGCUGGCUAUGAAGUCUGCAGUCGUCAAAGGGCUCCACCAGGAAUGACUGGCUGGAUGAGACCAGAGAUGUUUUCAGGCUUCUCAGGAAAGCUCCUGGGUCAUGCUCACCCCUUGGAACUAUGACUGAGACAGGGCCUGGAUAGUCCAGCGCUCCUGGGCUGUGUCCUGCAGCUUCUUUGCACUGUAAAAUCCUUCAGUGGCCAGCGUGGCCCUCCCCCGCCACUCCUAAGCGUGCAGACUUGACUGCCAUGGCAGACUUGUGUCCAAGGUCCCACGGCAACAGUGGUUUGCUUUUGAGGAUUUUUAAAAUUUUUUUGGAAGUAAGGGAAGCUAUUUUUCCCACUCAUUUGAAAUAAGGGGUGAAAAAAAAUCCAAACCAGAACCAGCUCUUCUGCCUUAUUCACUAUUUAUCAGAAAGGACAGCACAAUUUGGGAAAAAUGGCCUCUCAAAGUUGGAUGAGUCCUAAUUUAAUUUUUGAGUCCAAAAGCUUUUUUUGAAAGCCUUUUUGAAGCAUAGUUUCCACUAUUACUGUUGAGUGCUAUUCAGUGCUGUUGAUCUCUUAUGUAUUUACACUUGAUAACUUUUGUACUGAUUUAAAGAACUUGUCUUAAGCAGUUGCUUUUAAAAAAAAUGUAAAGGACUAUAAAACCAGUAAAACAUCCUAUAUGAUUUCUACUUCAUUGAUUUACUCACUGUAUCUUACAAAAUAUUUAGGUAGGUUUCUUCUUCUAUACUCUUUGUCCUCCCCAAUCCCAACUUCAGAUCUUCUGUGUCGAGUUUCCAUCACUGUGGCUGUCUUAGCCACUGUGUCACUGAUGGACAAAAUACCCGACGUUCUCAGCUUUUUGGCUCCCAUUUUAGAAGUUUCAGCCCUUGCAUGGUGGCAGGGUGUGGGCACGGGGAAGCUGCUUGUGUCAUGGCAUACAGGAGGCAGAAAAAGUCAAGGGAGGGACUGGAAAAGGCGACAGAGCCCUCUAGGUCAGGCCCGCAGUGAGCCUCCUCUUCUCUCAGACCCCAUCUAAUGCCAAGGCUGCUGUGAUGUCACCAUAACCCAGUCACCUCGAAAAAGCCUGGGGUCCAGUGAGACUCUGGGGUCUACCUAGAUCUAAACCGUAACAGUGACAAAGUACCUGAGAUAAAUCAGCCUCAUAAGAGAAAGUUCAGUUUGGCUCGUGGGUUCAGAGGUUUUAGUCCAUGGUCACAGCCAUGUUGACCUGGGCCUCCGGGGGCCCAGCACAUCAUGGAAGGAGCGUGUGGUACAGGCUGCCUGUUCACCUCGUGGCAACCUGGAAGCAAAAAGAGAGAAAGGGGGCAGGGUCCCAACAUCGCCCUUAAGGGCACAACCUCAGUGACCUAACUUACUCCCAACUCUUAAGGUUCACCACCUCCAAGAGGACUCCAGACUGGGGACCACACCUUUAGCACAGGGCCCCCGGGGAACCAGAGAAAUCACAGCACGUGACUCCCUUCUCUGUGGAUUUCAUGGCAGAUCCUGGGUAAUCUUUUUUUUAAUUGCUAGUAUCAGACACCAAAGUUGCUUUUUAAAAAGGUGGGGGUGAUGGGAGGAGGGAUUAGUUUCAAAAAGCCACAAGGGAGAUCUUCAGGCCUUCAUGGACCCAGUGCUCAGGUGGUCUCCCCUGCUUUUCUCAGUGUGAACUGCUUUUUUCAGGCAGGCCCAUGCCAGAUGGGGGUCCCAGCAGCCUGAGCUAGCACUCUGAACUUGGAAAGAAACUGGCUCCUUGCCCAUAGUACAUGUAAAUAUAAUAGGUUUGGCUCUGAUUGGCCAGACUAUGGUCAUACGAGCAACCCCAAGCCAGUCACUGUGGCCAGGAGGGUGGACAGUGCUGGUGGGGCAGGACUAGGCCGUGUGUCCAUUCCAGAGCCAGGGGAAGGGAUAGGUCAGCUUCACUGAGAUGCAGAGAUGAGGCUCCCAAAGGAAUAUCAGAAGAAAAGGAAACAGUGAAAGUGCUUGUUCUGCAAGUGUUCCACAAAGAUGGGCACACAUUUCUAAUAAAUUUUAACUUGGUAGAUGAAUGAUGUCUUGCAAUAUGAGUAGUACAUAAAGCCAAAUGUCACAUGAUCACAACUGAGCCAAUGGUCCUCGUUACCCCUCUUUCUUCCCCUCCCUCCCUCUCUCUGUGGAAUUGUGGGGCGUCAUCUCCUAGCAGCAAGAGAUUAUGGAGGAAGAGAAAAAGGCAGAGGAAUCCCCCACUUCCAGUGAGAUCAGGGAGAUGCGUAAAAUGUGGGAAACGGCCAAUUUUUCUAGAAAAACACCAUCCAAAUAGGGCUGUGGCAGUGUAAGCCAUGAAUGUGUUUAACAACAAUGCAAUAUCGUAUUUCCAUGAAACACUCAAAAGGAGUCAAAAGUUCCUCGUUAGAGCUCCGUGAAAAGAAAGCAUUCCGGAGCCACCCAAGAGAUAGCAGUGAUUCUAAUAGUGAUGGCGAAGGUUGUCCUAUACGAUAACCCUCAUCUCUGUGUCCCUCACACCAUCCGUGAAAGUUUUCAGCGGUAACUGCAGGCUAGUUUUUUUCUUUAUAUUUUCUUUAUGAUUUUGUAGGACAAUAUUCUAUGAAUAUUUUGGGCUUGUGGAAUGAAUCAUCUGAGUUUCCACUAUUUCUUAUGGGGAAAUGUGCUUUUAUAUACAAGUGAGUUGGAUUACAAGCAUGUUUCUGGGAUGAAUUAUGCUCACAAACCAAGGUCUUCCUGUAAUUGCUAGGCAGACACAAACAAAUCAUGCCACUACCCAUAAUGGGGCAUAACGGCUUUAAUCUGGUACUGAAACUUCUGCAUUUUAUGGUAUUCUGUGAGAGACUGCUUGGGCCUGCAUAAGAUGGCUGCCCUCAACCUUAGCCUUUGCCUCG